UGUUCUACUCUCUUUAGUUGGUCAGGAGCGCAGCAAGACUCAGUGUAUAAAUUUUUAACACAUACAAAAAACAAUAGUGUCCAUUGCAGCCCUUAUCAAACAUCUUACGUCCGUUGUUCAAUAAAAAACAGAGAGAGACCAUCCAUAAUUGAAGGCCUUAAAAUGAAGAUGCAUCAGGUUUUCGUCCAAUGAACAAACCCAUCUGAGAAACAACCGGCCAGUUCCAGAAGCACAAACUUUCCGAGAAGCAGAGUUGCCUCAAGACCCUCGCAGCAAGCACAAGUCGGUGAAACAAUGAGAAGUUGUGUGGUUUGAGCUGAUUAUCAGGACUACUAUUUUCCAAUUGCUCGACAGCUUCUUCUCCGACGGCAACAAAUAAUAGGGAGUAUAGUAGAGGGAGACUUUUGCUUGAUUAUUAGCUCGGGGUAUUUGGAGAACAUGUGAUGAGGAGCAGCAGCCAGCGGUGUAUGAGAGUGAUGAGGUGGCAGUAAGACGGUCCACAAGGCCACGUAAACAGAAUAAAAAAUACCUUGUUUAAAAUAAGUUUCAGUAUUAUUUGUGUUUCAGUUGUAAAUAAGAGAACAAGUCUUCCUGGUUUUCAGGGAGAACGUUCUCCACUUUCCCAUUCCCUGCAUUUUUGGAGUCCAUGACUCCACCUUUUCGUUCUUUUCCUCAUGUACUUGGCUAUUUAUAUCAAUGAAAAACAUCAAAAAUAGGUAGUCUAAACUACCAAAAACACCUGUCUCAUGCUAGUACAAGCAUAUCUCUUUGGCUUUGAAGAGGGACCUUAUCAAUUUGGUAUCAGAGCCGUUUGGUUCUUGUUGGCGGUAUUCCCUACGAAUCAACGCCCAUCAAGAAUAUUCUUCAGUAUCACUCACCCCAAUUCACAACAUUCCACCUCGAAAAUCACAGAAACCAAACAAGCCAAGGGUAGCUGUCCAGGGAGACGAGCCCAUGCCGAACAACAAGGAGAGACUCGACGACUUGGAGGCAGGCCUUGGGUUGAUGCGGGAGAGUCUUGGAACUGUGCAAGAUGAGCUUCAGAAAAUAAACACCGGCAUAGGAGACCAAUUCCGGACUUUGGAGACUUUGUUCAACCGAAAUCUAGAAGAUGUUGUGAACCAAAUGAGGGAAUUGAUGGCGACCAACCGCGAAAGUGGGUCCAGCGCAGCACGGGGACAUCGUCGGACGGAAGAGCACGGGGAAAGUCACGUGUAUACCACAAAUCCUCCACACGGACAUCCCCGUCAGGUGAAGCUUGAAUUCCCAAAAUUCAGCGGUGGAGACCCGGAGGAAUGGAUGAGCAAGGCAAAGCAGUACUUCGCCUAUCAUGAGAUGCCACAAGAUCAGAGGGUUAGCUUUGCUUCUUAUCACUUGACGGAGGAAGCCAACGCGUGGUGGCAAGCGAAGUCAAGAGCUCGAGGUUUCGACCCCCAUCGGAUCUCGUGGGAAACAUUUGAGGCUGAGCUGUGGACGCGAUUUGGCCCAAUUGACGGUGAAGACUUUGACGAGGCGCUCUGCCACAUCCGCCAAAAAGGGACGCUAAUUGAGUAUCAAAGAGAAUUUGAAAGGCUGCAGAACAAGGUUGAAGGAUGGUCAGAGAAGGCAUUGGUGGGGGCGUUCAUGGGUGGACUUCACCCUUCUAUUUCCAGUGGGAUUAGAAUAUUCAAACCGAAGACACUGAUGGAGAUCAUCAACCUGGCCAGAUUAAGAGACGAUCAGUUACAGAAAGAAAGAAAAUGGGGUGGGCAACGGCCUUACAAUUCCAAACCCUUACCUCAAAUUGGAAACUCAUCGCCAGAUUAUGUUCAAUCAUCAUCACUUGGUGAUAAACUCACACCGGGUCCACGACGGCUGAGUUGGGAGGAGCUUAAAAAGAAGCGGAGCUUGGGGCUGUGCUUUAGUUGCGAUGAACGGUUUUCACCGGGACACAAAUGCAAGCAGCCACAACUAUUUUUCAUGGAGAGUGAACAAGAUUCUGACAACCAUGAAGAGGAACUGUUAGCGGCAACUGAUCAAUCACCAGAGAUCACACUACAUGCCUUGACGGGUUGGGAUGCUCCUACAACUCUUCGUCUUCGCGCAGGCAUAAGUAAUCGCAAACUGGUUGCCCUUGUGGACAGCGGCUCAACCCACAAUUUCAUCAGUAUAAUGGCAGCACAACAACUCCGGUUAAAGCAGACACCUACCACACCAUUCCUGGUACGAGUCACCAAUGGUGAACCAAUGAGGUGUGAGUGCAGGUAUGACGACGUUAAGGUACGGAUUGGUGAGGUUACUUUCACAAUGACCUUACACGCACUUCCGUUAGUGGCUCUAGACUUGGUUCUGGGAGUUAAAUGGCUGGAAGGUUUAGGGCCGGUGACCUGUGAUUGGAAAGCUCAGACGCUGCAAUUUAAGUGGGGAUGCCGGACUCAUGUGUUCCGGGGACUCAAAGCUGCCAUGAUUCAGGUCACGGAUGCACAUGACAUGAUCAGGGAAGCUCGUCAAGGGCAUACUCCUUAUGCGAUCUGUCUCGCUGAAGCAGAAGAACCAUUGAUGCCAUUAGCUGAGCAACUGAGAGACUUGAUCCAGGAAUUUGAGUCAUUAUUUCAAAUUCCAGACGGUCUCCCCCCUAACCGCGAGAUUGAGCAUCACAUUACACUCAAGGAGGGCACUGAUCCUAUCAACGUUCGGCCCUACCGCUACGCACAUUAUCAGAAGGAAGAGAUUGAGAAACAAGUGGUGGAUAUGCUCAACUCAGGAAUCAUUCGCCCAAGUUCCAGCCCCUUUUCAUCACCGGUGCUAUUAGUUAAGAAAAAGGAUGGUUCGUGGAGGUUUUGCACUGAUUACCGGGCACUAAAUGCAGCGACAAUUAAAGAUCGAUUCACAAUUCCCACGGUGAACGAUAUGUUAGAUGAGCUACACGGGGCAGCCUACUUCACCAAACUCGAUCUAACAGCAGGUUAUCAUCAGGUUCGAAUGCAUCCGCUAGACAUCGCCAAGACUGCAUUUCGAACGCAUAAUGGGCAUUACGAGUAUUUGGUAAUGCCAUUUGGACUGUGCGACGCACCCUCAACGUUUCAGGCACUUAUGAACUCAAUCUUUAGACCAUUGCUGCGUAAAUCAGUGUUAGUAUUCUUCGAUGACAUCCUCAUCUACAGCCCCGAUUGGGAGACACACUUGAUGCAUGUGCGGGAAGUGUUCCAAAUCCUGCAGCAUAACCAGUUGUCUGUCAAAUUCAAGAAAUGUGCCUUUGGUAAACAGGAGCUGGAGUAUUUGGGUCACAUCAUCACCAACAAAGGCGUAAAGGUGGAUCAAUCAAAGAUCAAGGCUAUGUUGGAUUGGCCAGCUCCAACUAACAUCACUGAGCUACGGGGUUUCUUGGGAUUGACGGGUUACUACCGUAAAUUCGUCAAAGAUUAUGGCCUCAUAGCAAGACCUUUGACGAACCGCCUGCGUAGGGGGCAAUUCACCUGGGACAAGGAAGCAGAACAAGCAUUCGCUGCACUCAAGCAAGCCAUGACCACAACUCCAACUCUAGCCCUUCCAGAUUUCUCUCAACCAUUCGUGAUUCAAACUGAUGCGUCAGGAGAAGGCAUUGGCGCAAUUCUCUCCCAGAAUGAUAAACCAGUAGCGUUUAUGAGCCGCACGUUGGGGGUGGCAAAGAGGAAUUGGUCCACAUAUGCUCGUGAGAUGCUGGCCAUCAUCGUGGCCAUACGAACAUGGCGACCAUAUCUCCUCGGUCGCAGAUUCACCAUCCAGACCGACCAGCGCAGCCUCCGGUACCUGCUCGAACAGCGAAUACUCACUCCAGAGCAACAAAAGUGGAUGGGAAAAUUAGUUGGGUAUGAUUAUGAGAUCAUAUACCGGCCAGGAAAAGCUAAUGCUGCUGCAGAUGCAUUAUCACGGGUCCAUGAUAGCCCUGUGCUCAACUCUAUACCCAUACAACAUGCAACAAUAUGGGAUGAAUUGAGAAAACUGGCAGAAACUGAUCCAUAUCUGGUACGGGCAGGAGAGGCAGCUAGGGCUGCACCAGGGAAACCUUAUGCAUGGCGGGAUGGUUUAGUAUGCUAUAACAACCGUGUGGUAAUACCUCCUAACUCUAGGUUCAUUACACAGCUUCUCCGGGAACAUCAUGACACCCCGUUGGGUGGUCAUUCUGGAAUACUACGCACAAUGAAGAGAUUAUCUCGCCAGUUUUAUUGGCCGGCUAUGCACAAGACGGUCACAGAAUAUGUGUCCAGGUGUGACACUUGUCAACGAGCGAAGGCUCAAACAAUGUCGCCAGCUGGAUUGCUACAACCAUUGCCCAUACCAAAUCAGGUUUGGGAGGAUGUGUCGAUGGACUUCGUGGAUGGGCUGCCUCGAUCCAACAAUCAUACUACAAUUUUCGUGGUGGUUGACAGGUUGAGUAAGUCGGCACAUCUCAUUCCUCUAACCCAUCCUUAUACCGCAUCUCUGGUGGCUAAGCGGUUUGUGGAUUGCGUUGUUCGCCUUCAUGGGAUUCCAAGGUCCAUUCUUAGCGAUCGUGACCCCAUCUUUCUGAGCCAUUUCUGGAAAGAGCUAUGGAAACUUUCAGGAACUACACUGCGGAUGUCUUCAGCAUACCACCCACAAACUGACGGGCAAACGGAGGUCAUUAACCGGUGUAUCGAACAAUUCCUCCGCUCCUUUGUCCAGCACAGACCCACACAAUGGGGUGAUUUACUGCCCUGGGCAGAAUAUUGGUACAAUACCAUGUACCACGCGUCGACCGGGAUGACACCUUUUGAAGCAUUAUACGGCCGCCCACCACCUCCAAUUCCCAGGUAUGAAAUCGGGUCCUCCUUGGUAGAAGAAAUCGAUGUUCAGUUGCAGGAGCGUGAUCAAGUGUUGGAAGAACUAAAAAAACACCUCAUGACUUCCAACAACCGUAUGAAACAACUGGCAGAUCGUAAGCGCAGGGACGAGGGAUUUGAAGUAGGUGACUGGGUGUUCCUCCGCUUGCAACCAUACCGCCAAAAAUCAGUCUUCAAACGUUCUUCACAGAAGCUAACCAACCGGUAUUUUGGACCUUUUCGGGUUGAGGAGCGCAUUGGCCAGGUAGCAUACCGACUCAAGCUUCCCGAGGGUUCACGCAUUCACCCGGUUUUCCACGUCUCCUUGCUAAAGAAAAGAGUUGGGGAUGCUGCACCAGUGAGAGUAGAGUUACCACCACUACUCGAGAACGGGUUAUUACUGCUCCGACCGGAAGAGGUCCUCGACACUCGGCAAGUUCAGCGAGGGUCCCGACAAGUGAUUGAGGUGUUAAUUAAGUGGGAGAAAUUACCUAUGGAAGAAGCUACAUGGGAGGAGUACGACCAGCUUCUGGCCAGCUUCCCUCAGUUUCCUGUGAACCUUGAGGACAAGGUUCUGUUGGAGAAGGGGAGUAUUGAUGAGGAGCAGCAGCCAGCGGUGUAUGAGAGUGAUGAGGUGGCAGUAAGACGGUCCACAAGGCCACGUAAACAGAAUAAAAAAUACCUUGUUUAAAAUAAGUUUCAGUAUUAUUUGUGUUUCAGUUGUAAAUAAGAGAACAAGUCUUCCUGGCUUUCAGGGAGAACGUUCUCCACUUUCCCAUUCCCUGCAUUUUUGGAGUCCAUGACUCCACCUUUCCGUUCUUUUCCUCAUGUACUUGGCUAUUUAUAUCAAUGAAAAACAUCAAAAAUAGGUAGUCUAAACUACCAAAAACACCUGUCUUAUGCUAGUACAAGCAUAUCUCUUUGGCUUUGAAGAGGGACCUUAUCAACAUGACAUUUUAAUAUUAAUAAAGCAUAGAUG